CUCGUAUAUUUGUUCAAUAUAAACUCUCGUUUUCGUUGCAAAGCAUUUCCAGUUUGGAGGAAACGGGGUCUGUUGCAAAACGUUUAACAACAGACAAAAGGUUUUGCAACAGAAUCGGCUUAAUGAAUACUCCCAAGUAGAAGGAGUGAGGCGAGUCCACUCGUGUUUCUCGCUCACCCUAGGAGUAGUCUAAAUCGGGACGCCCCAUUUCUGUUAAAGCUACUGCCUAAAGCCGAACAUCAAAUCCAGCUUUUAUACACCAAGCUUUGGUCGUGUCGAUGAAACAAUCAAGUGGUGCCUGACUGUGGUGUGUCCCAGAGGAACAUUAGUCCACAUCACCAGGGUCCCCUGACUUGACUUGAAGCGUGUUUUUAUAUCUGAUGCUCUUCCAGAAGACAGAGUACCACUGCACCGUGGCUGGGGACUUCUAGGGAAGAUACCCCUACAUUCACUCCACUGUUUGGAAAAGGGUCUCCAGGAGAAUGUUUUGGGGAUGAACUGCUGGAAGAGCAGCACCUUGCUGGACAACCCGUGUGACCCCAGAGAACCAUCUUUACACCGUCGCCACCUUCGCCCCUCUGUCAGUGCUGCGGAAAGCCUAAAGACUUAGUGUGAGCAGUUGGAGCUCGGGGUGGGGGGGGUGGGGGGGUGGGGAGGGCAGGGGACCUGGGCUGGUGGAUGGAGGAAAGGCACACAUCCCUUCUGCCAGCGAGCCACCCACCCACCCUGAUGGUGUCCCCUGCCCAUGUCGCUCCCACCACCCCUCUGCAAUGGUGACAUGAGAGUAUGUGACGUGAAGGGGCCUAUUGUAUUUUGGAAGAAGAUUCUCUGCCACCUCUGAAGCAACUGCUGCAUUCCGAUUGCUUUCACCAUCAACUCUGUGACUGAUUCUGCGCAGGGUGAUGUUGCUGCCGUCAUGCGGUCGCCUCCGGCGGCUCUUCCGUCAAUCUCACUCCCUCACUCUCCAGACCAGCCUGCUGCUCCUCUUCCUCUUCUGCAUGGUCAGCGUUCUGGUCUCCGCAUACUUCCUCUACGGAGUUAAGCGGGAGCUGGAGCCGGCUGCGGGGGGCGUAGGAGGGCCAGAGGAGGGCACUGCCGACUGGGACAACCCUCGGGCUACCACGCCCUCCACCUCCUCCCGAGCUCUCCCUCCACGCACGGCCAGGCCCUCAGACGCGACACGCACCGACCCUGUGGUGCUGGUGUUUGUGGAGAGUCUGUACUCCCAGUUGGGCCAGGACAUUGUGGCAAUCCUAGAGUCCGGCCGUUUCCGCUACCGGACCGAGAUCGCCCCGGGGAAGGGGGACAUGCCCACCCUGACAGACAAGGACCGAGGCCGUUUCACGCUGGUCAUCUACGAGAACGUCCUGAAGUACGUCAACCUGGAUGCCUGGAACAGAGAUCUGCUGGACAAGUACUGCGUGGAGUACGGAGUAGGCAUCAUAGGCUUCUUUAAGGCCAAUGAGAACAGCCUGCUCAGUGCCCAGUUAAAGGGCUUCCCUCUCUUCCUCCAUUCCAACCUGGGCCUGAGGGACUGCAGCGUCAACCCCAAGUCCCCCCUGCUCCUCAUCACAAAGGCCCGGGAGGUGGAGCGAGGCCCCCUACCCGGGGACGACUGGACCGUCUUCCAGUCCAAUCACUCCACCUACGAGCCUGUUCUCCUAGCCAGGACCCGGGUGCCUGACCUGGGCCCGUCCGGGGCGGGGGUGGGCAACCCCCUCCAUGCUUCUGUGGUCCAGGACCUGGGGCUCCACGACGGCAUCCAGCGGGUGCUCUUCGGCAACAACCUCAACUUCUGGCUGCACAAGCUGGUGUUUGUGGACGCUGUGGCCUUCCUGACGGGCAAGAGGCUGUCUCUGUCUCUAGAUCGCUACCUGCUGGUAGACAUCGACGACAUCUUCGUGGGCAAGGAGGGCACCCGCAUGAAGGUUUCAGACGUCAAGGCCCUACUGGAGACCCAGAAUUACCUCCGAACCGUCGUCCCCAACUUCACCUUCAACCUGGGCUUCUCUGGGAAGUUCUUCCAUACUGGUACGGAUGAGGAGGACCUGGGUGAUGACCUGCUCCUCUCCUAUGGGAAAGAGUUCUGGUGGUUCCCCCACAUGUGGAGCCACAUGCAGCCCCACCUUUUCCACAACCAAUCCGUGCUGGCCGAACAGAUGCUGCUCAACAGGAGGUUUGCGCAGGAGCAUGGCAUCCCCACCAACAUGGGCUACGCUGUGGCUCCCCACCACUCUGGGGUGUACCCCGUCCACGUCCAGUUGUACGACGCUUGGAAGAAGGUGUGGGGCAUCAAGGUAACCAGCACGGAGGAGUACCCCCACCUCAAACCUGCCCGCUUCAGACGAGGCUUCUACCACAGUGGCAUCAGUGUGCUGCCCAGGCAAACGUGUGGCCUGUUCACUCACACCAUCUUCUACAACGAGUAUCCUGGAGGACCCAAGGAGCUGGACAAACUCAUCAGCGGAGGAGAGCUCUUCCUCACGGUGCUCCUCAACCCGAUCAGCAUCUUUAUGACCCACCUGUCCAACUACGGGAACGACCGUCUGGGUCUGUACACCUUUAGGAACCUGGUUAAGUUCCUCCAGACAUGGACCAACCUGCGGCUGCGACCCCUGGCGCCUGUGCAGCUGGCCCAGCGCUACUUCCAGAUCUUCCCCGAGGAGAGGGACCCCAUCUGGCAGGACCCCUGUGAGGACCAAAGGCACAAAGACAUUGGUUCCAAAGAGAAGACGUGCGACCGAUUCCCGAAGUUGCUCAUCAUUGGACCACAGAAGACAGGCACCACAGCCCUGUAUCUGUUUCUAGGGAUGCAUCCUGAUUUGACCAGUAACUACCCCAGCAAGGAGACCUUUGAGGAGAUCCAAUUCUUCAACGGCCACAACUACCACAGAGGCAUCGACUGGUACAUGGAGUACUUUCCCCUACCCUCCAACACCAGCUCAGACUACUACUUUGAGAAGAGCGCCAACUACUUUGACUCGGAGGUGGCUGCACGCCGGGCUGCCGCCCUCCUGCCCAAGGCCAAAAUCAUCACCAUCCUCAUCAACCCUGCAGACAGGGCCUACUCAUGGUACCAGCACCAACGUGCCCAUGGUGACUCAGUCGCCCUGAAGUAUACUUUCCAUGAC